GUUCGUGUGUGACGUCAGCGGGUACAUAACGCUGCAUGGCCGCGCGUGACACCGGUGUCUGAGGUUACUCUGAUCAGUCUGUUCUGUGGAGAUGUUUGGCUUGAAAUGUAUCCUUCGUGAUGUGGGCAGAGGACUACAGAGAUGUGCCCACCCGCGAAUGUCAACCACUGGUCCGCAGCUCGUCAGAUUUGACCCACAUCAAAGCCAAAGAUUGGCCCAAAGAAGAUUCUUCUCUCAAAAACAAAAUUCAUUUGGAAAUGCAGCCAAGAUAAAGCUUGGGUCUCGCGCGCUUGUCACAAUACUUUUUGGAGGUGGCUUGCUUGGAGCCUGGUAUUAUGUUUAUCUAGAAAAGCAACAAAAGCUGCGGUUGCAGCGUUUAAAUCAGCUAAAGCAAGUGGCUCUUGGACAAGGUACUUUCAGUCUGGUCGACCACAAUGGGCAGCGCAGGACCAAGCAAGACUUUCUAGGGAGUUGGGUGCUGCUGUAUUUUGGGUUCACUCACUGUCCAGACAUUUGCCCUGAUGAGCUGGAGAAGAUGAGUGCUGUUGUGUCUGUACUUGACCAGGACCCAUCAUUGCCAAAGGUACAACCUCUCUUCAUCACUGUGGACCCAGAGAGGGACACCGCACAAGCACUGGCUGUGUAUGUCAAAGAUUUCCACUCACGCCUGAUUGGUUUGACUGGCACACCAGAGGAGGUGAAACAUGCAGGGCGGGACUACAGGGUGUAUGCAAAUCCUGGGCCUAAGGAUGAGGACGGAGACUACAUUGUGGAUCACACAAUCCUCAUCUACCUAAUAAGCCCAGAUGGACUGUUUUUGGAUUAUUACAAUAGGAUGAAGAGCCAGGAACAAAUAACAGAAAGCAUCAGAAACCACAUGAAGACAUAUGUUACAAUCUGA